AUGCAGAGCGGCUUCUCAUUCGGGGGCUCGUUGGCACCGGCGGUGGACCUAUCUCGAGGGUCUACCGGUGGAUUCGGGGUGGCUCCAUUGAGUGGGAGUGAGCUAGGCCUCUCACAGUUGAACACAACAAGCUCUGCUUUCAACUUUGGUCAGAAGCCAGGACUGGUUCACUCGGCAAGUGGUGCCGCAGAUCAAUUAACUAGGGCGUCUGAGGGGCCGCCCAGCAAGAUGGCGCUCUCAAAGCUUAAGCAGCUCUACAGAGAAUUUGCAGAAGAGACAUCCCGCCAUAUCGCAGCGUUCGCUACUCACUACAAGUACGCGUACGAGCUUGACUUGGAGCUACACCGCCUGCGGGACGAACUAAAAAGUGCCAAGAAUAGAGUCGAAGCCAUUAGUAAUAGUCAGUACCAAGCACUGAAACAGCUUCAGGAUAUUGUGUCCAAUUCAGAGGAAGUCAACGAAACCCUGGUAGAGGCCGAAAAGAAGAUCAAAGUUCCGAAAAAUGAUAAGUUAUUAUUUACACACGUGUCCGAUAAAAUAGACGUUUUUGGCGAAGAGAUUAAUGAUAUGAUGAAAAGAUUUCCAGGAGGGGUGAGCGUAGCGGAUAUUUUUUGUUCAUUGGCCGAGCAGAAAGACCUGUGUACGUGGAUCAAUAGCUUCAUUGUCUCGUGA